AGCCGCUCAGUCCCCUGCCACCCCGCCGCCCGCCGCCUGGGCCGGGCCGAGGAUGCGGCGCAGCGCCUCGGUGGCCAGGCUCGCUCCACUUCGGCCGGCUUGCUAACUUUCCUGGCUCCGUCCCUAUCUACUAGCCGGGCCGCCCCGUCUCCCCGCGCCCUCCGGGUCGGGUCCUCCAGGGCGCCGGGCGCUGCCGCUUUGUGCCCCCCGCCGCUGGCCCACGCACCCGCGCUCCCCGCCCGCGCCCCGUGCCUGCACCCGGUCCUCGCCCGGCCAUGCUGCCCCUCUGCCUCGUGGCCGCGCUGCUGCUGGCUGCCGGGCCCGGGCCGAGCUUGGGCGACGAAGCCAUCCACUGUCCGCCCUGCUCCGAGGAGAAGCUGGCGCGCUGCCGCCCCCCCGUGGGCUGCGAGGAGCUGGUGCGGGAGCCCGGCUGCGGCUGUUGCGCCACUUGCGCCCUGGGCAAAGGGAUGCCCUGCGGGGUGUACACCCCACGCUGCGGCUCGGGCCUGCGCUGCUACCCGCCCCGUGGGGUGGAGAAGCCCCUGCACACGCUGAUGCAUGGGCAAGGCGUGUGCAUGGAGCUGGCGGAGAUCGAGGCCAUCCAGGAAAGCCUGCAGCCCUCUGACAAGGAUGAGAGUGACCAUCCAAACAACAGCUUCAGCCCUUGCAGUGCCCAUGACCGCAGGUGCCUGCAGAAGCACUUCGCCAAAAUUCGAGACCGGAACACAAAUGGGGGCAAGAUGAAAAUCACCGGGGUUCUUCGGGAGGACGCCCGGCCCUUGCCCCAGGGCUCUUGCCAGAGCGAGCUGCACCGGGCCCUGGAGCGGCUGGCCGCCUCACAGAGCCGCACGCACGAGGACCUCUACAUCAUCCCCAUCCCCAACUGUGACCGCAACGGCAACUUCCACCCCAAGCAGUGCCACCCGGCCCUGGAUGGGCAGCGCGGCAAGUGCUGGUGUGUGGACCGGAAGACGGGGGUGAAGCUUCCUGGGGGCCUGGAGCCGAAGGGGGAACUGGACUGCCACCAGUUGGCUGACAGCUUCCGCAAGUGAGCCCUGCCAGCAGGCAGGGAGCUCAGUGCUCCCUGCUACCCCUGCCCCUGGAGGCUGCAGAGCUGACCCUGAGCCUGGGUCUGAGUCCUGGCUCUGCCUCUGGCCCAGACAUUUUCCCUCGGGGUAUGUGUAUGUGUGUGCAUGUGUGUGUUUAUGGGCAUAAGUGUGCCCUUGGGGUGAGCCAGAGCCAGAGGGUGUCCUCUUUGGGCUUAGAUAGCCUGAGAAGUCUGAGAGUGGCAAUGAGGAGCCCUGUUGUGCUUCCAAAUCAAUCCUGCAUUCAUUCAUUCAUUCAUUCAGCCAGCCAGCCAGCCAGCCUUCCAAAACAUUUAUUGACCACAUACUAUGUGCCAGCUCUAGUUUUCAGUCCUAGGGGCUCUUACUGUGGUUUCCUCUGAUUUUAGAGCCGCUUCUAUAAGGUGAGUGCAGGCCUCUGGGAGAAAGCUCUUAUUCCCAGAGUCAGAAGAGAAGAGUAGAUGUGUACUUUGACGACCGCUUCUCCUCUCAGUCUAGUCAGAGGGUAAGGGAUAUAGGGGUGGCAGAUGGCUCAAUGGUUAUGAGACCCAGACCCACUCCCAAAGCCAAGGCUUGCUAGGCUCCCCUUUCUACUUCUAGAUCUCGCUG